AUGGUCAUCCCCCAUCCGCCACACUCUCCGGCAUGGAUUUACGCCACUGAUAUGUCCUACUUCAUAGUACGAGUUCUCCUUGGCCACAGCUUUGGUCUUGAGCGCGGGAAUAUCGGCGUAGUAGUUGUUUGCUUUCUCCCCGUCCCCAUCCAAGGCAACGAAGAAAGCCUUCUCGGCACCGGCAGUGGCAGACCCACAGUGUUAGGCGGGAGAGAGCAAAAAUCGACCAGUUACAACAAGAUAAGAACAAGGCUUCUUGAGAAAAACCCUGCCAUCAAGAACCUCUUCCCAUUCGGCAAGCUCAACUUGUCCCCCGAGAAACUAAAGGACAACGCGGACCUGCGUGCCCACGGCAAGAAUGUCAUGGAGACGAUUGGCACGGCAGUGGAGACGCUGGACAACCCGGGAAAACUGGUACCUUUCCUGAAAGAUCUCGGAGCGAGGCACAAUGCUUAUGGCACCAAACCGGAACACUUUAAGCCUCUUGCGGAAGCCUUAAUCUUUACCCUGAAGGAUGGUCUACCGCCGAAGGUGUUCACUGCAGAGGUGCAAGGAGCCUGGGAGAAUGCCUUGAAAGUGGUUGCAGAACUCAUGAGUGAAGCGAUGAGGAGCGAUGAUGCUGAUGUUGGACCGAUGUCUCAAAGAGACAAACGGCUCGUUCGUGAGUGCUGGAAGGUCAUACAGAAAGACAUGGUCAACUUGGGUGCAGCCCUCUUUGUAAGAUUGUUGGAAAAGAGCCCUCCCAUUCAGAACCUCUUCACCUUCGGUAAGCUCAACCUGUCAGCGGAGAAGCUGAAACGAAACAAGGAUCUGAGAUCCCACGGACAGCGAGUCAUGAGUACCAUCGGUGCGGUGGUCAUGGGUCUGGAUGACCCAGACAUCAUCGCUACCAUCUUGGAAGACCUUGGAGCCAGACACCAGAUGUACGGGGCCAAACCCGAGCACUUUCCGGCACUGGUGGAGGCGCUCAUGCAUUCCCUGAAGAACGGUCUGCCGCCCAAGCUGUUUACCCCUGAGGCUCAAGAGGCUUGGCAGAACCUGAUGAAGAUGGUGGCUACGUCCAUGAGCAAAACAAUGAGGAGCGGCAGUAGCGAAGAUGAGGGGCCGAUUUCUUCCAAAAACAAGCGCCUGGUCCAGGCUAGCUGGAAGAUCAUGGAAAAAGACGCAGUUAACCUGGGAGCAGUCCUUUUUGCCAGACUUUUGGAGAAGAAUCCUUCCAUUCAGAAACUCUUUCCCUUUGGCAAGCUGAACCUACCGCCGGACAAGCUGAGGCAGAACCCGGACCUGCGAGCCCAUGGCAAGGGGGUCAUGGAGACGAUUGGAAUUCUGGUUGCCAGUCUCGACGAUCUUAAGGACAUUGUUCCUACGUUAAAAGAACUCGGCGCCAGGCAUAACAGUUACGGCGCCAAACCAGAACACUUCCCUGCCUUGGUUGAAGCUUUCAUGUUUUCCAUGAAGACUCGAGUUUCGGCAGAGGUGUUCACGGCUGAGGUGCAAGAGGCAUGGAGGAACGUCUUGAAGGUUGUGGAUGUUACCAUGAGCACCUCUAUGAGCAGCCAUUCGAACGGUGCAUCAGAUGUAACGAUAUCUCCCAAAGACAAGCAGCUGGCACAGGGGAGCUGGAAGUUCAUUCAAAAAGACUUGGUCAACUUGGGCGCCAGUAUGUUUGUAAGGCUUCUGGAAAAGAAUCCAGGCAUACGGAAAACUUUCAGCUUCGGUAGGCUCAACUUACCGCCGGACAAGCUGAGGCAAAACCCGGACCUGCGAGCGCAUGGCAAGGGGGUCAUGUUGACGUUUGGGACUUUGGUGUCAGGAGCCGACGACCUGGGGAAAAUCAUUCCUAUGAUGGAAGACCUCGGGGCUAGGCAUAAGACCUACGGCGCCAAACCUGCGCACUUCCCGGCUAUCGUUGAGGCGUUCAUGUACUCCUUGAAGAAAGGUCUGUCACCCAAGAUAUUUACGCCUGACGUUCAAGAGGCAUGGAGGAACAUCUUGAGUGUGGUAGCUGUUACAAUGGGCAGCACUAUGAGUAGCGAUGAAUCUGGAGUGUCAGAAGAGGAAUCAACGGCAUCUCCGAUAUCUCCCAAAGACAAGCAGUUGGUCCAGAAUAGCUGGAAGUUCGUUCAAAAAGACUUGGUCAACUUGGGCGCAGUUAUGUUCGUAAGGCUUCUGGAGAAGAACCCUUCCGUGCAGAAUCUCUUCUCCUUUGGCAAGUUGAACCUGCCGCCCGAGAAACUGAAACAGAACCCGGACCUGCGCGCCCACGGCAAGGGGGUCAUGGAGACGAUCGGCACGGCAGUUGCUGGGCUAGAUGACUUGGGGAGGAUAGUUCCUAUCCUAGAGGAAGUCGGAGCUAGACACAAGAUUUACGGCGCCAGACCUGAACAUUUCCCAGCUGUUGUUGAGGCAUUAAUGUAUUCCCUCAAACAAGGUCUGUCACCAAAUGUCUUCACGUCUGAAACGCAGGAGGCGUGGCGGAACAUCUUGAAGGUGGUUGAUGUGACGAUGAGUCGAACUAUGAGACUGGAUGAGAACGGAAAUUCAGAGGAGGGGCUGAUAUCUCUGAGAGACAAGCGUCUGGUUCAGAAAAGCUGGAAGGUCAUGCAAAAAGAUUCCGUCAACUUGGGCGCCGCACUUUUUGCCAGGUUUCUGGAUAGGAACCCAUCCAUUAGGGAACUCUUCCCCUUCGGGAAGUCGUCAGUUCCUCCCCAGAUGCUGAAACACAACUCGGACCUGCGAGCUCACGGCAAGGGGGUCAUGGAGACGAUCGGCACGGCAGUUGAUGGUCUGGAUGACCUGGGGAAGAUAGUUCCCAUCCUGAAGGACCUUGGGACUAGACACAAUGUCUACGGCGCCAAGCCUGAACACUUCCAGCCCCUAGUGGACGCCUUCAUGUAUACCAUGAGAAAUGGCCUGUCAUCCAAGGAGUUCACACCAGACGUCCAAGACGCGUGGGAAAACAUUUGGAAGGUGCUGGCUGAAGUUAUGAGCAACGGCAUGGAGUAGAAUCUAACUGCAGAUUUUUAUGCGAUCACUUUAAAAUGUGAUAUAACCUUAUUUUUGAGACGGCCAUAUUAAAUUGAAAGCAAGGUAGAAUCGUCAUUUUUGGAACUUGCGAAAAGAAAUGAAAGCAAUGACAUAA